UGUGCCUGAAAUCAACAACUAUUUUAUUUUAUUUUACAGCUGACGUCACUCAUCCAGCAACCGUUUUCUGCUAUCGCGCCUGCGCAUGACGCUGAGCUGCCAUGGCAACGGCGACAAGCGGCACCUGAAGCUGAGGAGAAGCUUAGCCGCCGGUUAGCGGUUAGCAUGCUGGUUGGGUUAAUAGUAACUUAACUAGUCGUACAAUGUUAAAUCAACUAGUUAACAAACCUCUCUCGGUCGUGUGAUGGCUCGUCGUGCACGGUCAGCAGUGAGAGCGCCAUGACUGUCCGCUUCAAGUGUAAGAGUGAAUACCAGAAAAACUACGCGGUUCCCCGGUCCAGAAGUGUGUCUCCUCAGCGCUGCACCCCUUUGGCCGGCCUUCGCUCGGACCAGAUGGGUAUCAGCAGAGAACCAAGUCUCCAGCGUCGGAAGAAGCUUGGUUCCGGUGGUCUUGCUCAGUCCUGCACUUCUCUUCUCUGUCCAUCAGAUCCACAGCAUUCCCUCUCUGAACCAACUCAUGCUCGUGCUCACAGAAAAGUGCCCUCUCAGCCUCCAAGAGCCGCUCUGCCCUCAGGAAGGAGCCUUCCCUGGACCCAGAACCUCCAACACCUCCUGAAUCCCGAGCAGACCCUGAAUCUCCUGAACAACCAGAAACUCCAGCAGGACCAAGACCUGCUGCAGAUCCAGGACGUCCAGAGAGGCCACAACGUGCUGCCACAGCUAUCAGCAGAACCAGGAACAGCUGGAAAAUCUGGUAAAUACACAACCAGCCUCCCUUUGACAGUGGCACCUGAUGGACAUCGGCCCUCGGCCAAUGAGGGUGAACAUGCUAUGCGGUGGAGGGCGGGGCUGAGGUCAGGAGGUCAAAGGUCAGGAGGUCAUAGGUCAGAGUACCACAGACAGUUCAGCUGGAAGAAACCUAUACAAGUUGCUUCACCUAUACUGUCUGCAGAGCAGGUGCUGUAUUCCAGCAACAGGUCUGUCCCUCCCUUUAAGAAAAACCCAGUAUCCAUGGAAACAGAGUAUCGGAGGAGCUUCCAGGGUCUGGCCCUUCCCACUGGACCUCGUCUUCGCAAACAUUUGGAACAUCAGCGAACCCCACUAUUCCACACUCACAUGACAAACAAAAAGAGGAGGGAGGAGUCACAUAAGAAGAGCCGCCAAGUACAUAAUGGACUCACCCCUCAGAAAGAUGACACCACGCCCCCUCCUCCUCAGGUGCAGAGAGGACACAGGAUGUUGACAGAGUAUCAGUCCAGCUUUCGUUCUCCUCUCUGCAGGAUCUCAGAAGAAGGUGCAGCCAUGGACAGCGACGCCCCUCAGAAGUGGGGUGAGACGUCUGUUCCCGUCCAGGCGAAGGAGCUGAGGCAGAAGGCCUUGUCGUACCGCCGUCGAGCCUGGGGAACCAACUUCUCCAGAGACCACCUGAACCAGCUGCAGUCUGAACACAACGCUCUGUGGGAGCCCACGGACACCACAAACUCAGCUACUGACACCCCCACCCCCCGCCUGACCUUUGACCUCUGUCAGGAUCCAGACAGCUGCAGUACUUCCUGCGUGGAGGCUCUGGACCUCGCCAGCUGCUCCAGUCACUCCAGUAAGAGAUCGUCUGUUGUGGGUCCAGGAGAAAUACACAACACAAACAAAAGCACACAAACAAAAGCACAAAUGAAAGCACAACCACCUCCAAGUCAUCCUGCUGAAAGACGCACAGCCUGGGAAGAGGAAAAGGAAGAAGAAGAAAAAGAAGAAGAAAAUACAGAUGAGGAGGAGGGGAGGUUACCGACUCCCAGGCUGAAGAUGAGACCAGUUCAGAGAACUCACCACGACCUCACCACACCUGCCACCGGAGGCGCUAUUCUAGUGGGAAAACCAAAGAACAGUGAUGACUCUUCUCCACACAGACAACAGAGGUGUGGGUCAGCUGUUUCCAUGGCAGCAGGGGCGGACGCCGUGGUCAACACUCCAGUCAAGCAGACAGAGGCGUGGUCAGAGAAUAACCACCCCCACCCUCCAUCAUCUGGCUCCUCCCCUGACCACAAACAAGUCUCUAAACCAAUCAGGAUGAAGCAACUCCCUACAUCACAUGUAGCCCCGCCCCCUCUGGUAUCACCCCCACUGCAUGGAAUCCAGGGCACCCUGAGACACCCCGACUUCCAACACAACGGUGAGCUGGGUUUGAGGUUCAGGGAGCUGCAGUGUUCAGAAGGAGGCUGCGGCUCUGAUGAAGAUGACCGACUCUCAGUGAUGUCAUGGCGUUCGGCGGCCUCCUGCUCCAUGGCGUCUGCUGUCCUGGAGCGCGCUCAGAAGAGACGAGAGAACUUCUGGGGGAAGAGAUGACCUCUGACCUCCUGACCCCAAACAGGUCACCGCUGUCGUGGAGUGGUUAGUUUAGCGAUCAUCGCUGUAAUUACUCAGAGUAAUGUAUUUUUAUAGACAUCAGUGAUUAAUUUAAAUAGAAUCAUGUAUUUUUUAUAGAAGAAUUAUUCGAUCAGGGUUUACACAACAGGUUUGUUAUAGAUGUUUUUAUAAAUGUAAUAAUUAGGUGAUGUUAGAAAUUAUGUUGCUUACUAUGAUUGCUGAGAUCAUAGUCAUAAAAGCUUUUGUAUGUUAUUACAAACUGAUAAAAAUUUGAAUUGAAGUUAGAAAAAGCAGUAAAAGUGCUUGUUUUUACCACUGACAGGUUCAUAUUGUUAUUAGUGUCUGACAUCAUAGACGGGAUUCCUACAGAGAUAGACCUUUUUAUUAAAGAGUAAGAUCCUUUGUGUUUAACCAGAAACAUCACUAUAUAUCACUACCAGACUCCAUUGACAAAAACAGGAAUUUUACCAAGCAAAACACAGGAGUUGUUUAGAUGAUUUAAGGAUCUGAAUACUUCUUCUACCACUGAAAGUCACACAAUAACACAAACUAACUAACAGAUGGAGGCAGUGGUAUUCCAGCAGCUCCUGUUUUCUGCUCCAGUCUGGUAGUGAUAAAACAGCUAUUUCAGGCAGAUAUAUAAUAAUUAAUAAACAAAUCAGGAUUGUCAGUAGUAACAGUCAGAAGUACCUCUGCAGGUCAAAUCCACUGUAUUCUAUUUCAGACAACUUUAUUUAACUGGGAAUUAACGGCAAAAUUCCUGAAACUAUUUUUCCCACACCUCCUAAACGUUUCCGUCUGACGGCGUUAGAGCUCUGACAUCAUGUGAAAGGUCGAAGUGGAAGAGGAACAAACAUCAUUCUACAUCACUUCCUCUGGACAGAGAGGACGGAUUACCCAGCAACUCACUACAUACACUAUACAAAUACACAAUACACACACACACACACACACACACACACACACACACACACACACACACACACACACACGGUUAGCCAGGUAUGAAGUGCAGUUAAACCAGCUGAGUGUGAAUUCCCCUCAUAACAAUGUACAGGUCAGAACAAACAAUGUAAAGCUGAGGGUGUGGGCUCUCCUGUGAUUUCAUCAUUAUAACUGCUCUAUAGUUUGACUCAAGGAGUGUGUUAGAAGUCAUUAAACAGUCAUGAAUAAUAUUA